AUCUUUUACUUUUUUGUUUUUAUUCUUUUUUGACCCACAAAAUUCUUCAUCAAUCACUGUGUCUGCAUGAUUGUUUUAUAUAUAUAUAAAAACUGCAAAAUUUUGUUCUUUAAUUUUGUCAGAUUCGUAUAAAGUAAAGUUUCUGAGAUUCAUUAAAAUAUUUAUUUGAUUACAGAUCUGCUAUAGAUUUACGGAUUCUAGUGCAAAGAGAAGGAAGUUGUCGGCGAAAGGUAAGGAAAAUCUUUGACAAGAUGAUUCAAAUGGACGGUGGAGAUAGGCUGAGAGUGACUUUGUUUGAUCGAAUGUCAACGGUGGAGAAUGGCCGGAGCUCAGUGACUCUAGAAGAUAUUCUGAUGGCUGAAACGAGCAGUUUCCGAUCUCUUACUGCGCCGCCUUCUCCGGCGAGAAACCACUCGAAUAGUAGUUUACUUGACGUGAUGAGAAGAGAGCGUCGCCGUGAUAAAACCGCUUGGAAAUCUCUCCGGGAUAAGCUCCGCCUUAAACGCGCCGCUACGGGUUGGAUUUCGUCUAAUCCUAUCCCUAAUUUGGAUAAUCCUAUCCUUACUCCGGAUAGCGACAGCCACCGGUUUAACCGCCUUGGAUUCCUCCUAUCUAAUUCGGAGACAAACCGGAGCAAUGGUGAUGUCAGCGAUGGUGGAGAGGAAGCGGCAGAGCGAGAAGGAAGGCUCCGGCUAGGCACGGUGUUGGCGGCGGAUAGAGAGGAAAUGCAGCCGCCGAGGAUGUCUUUAAUGGAGUUGUUGGAGGAUAAUGAUGGACAAAUGUAUGAGGUCAACGCGAGAGAAGAGGCGGAAGCGGAGGAAAGAGAUUGUUGCGGCCGCGGAGGAGAGGCGGUGGCGGUGACGGGGGCAGCGGAGUUGGGUUGUUGUGUGUGUAUGAUAAGGAGUAAAGGUGCGGCUUUUAUACCUUGUGGACAUACAUUUUGCAGAUUGUGUUCGAGAGAGCUUUGGGUACAGAGAGGAAACUGUCCUCUAUGUAACACUGCCAUUUUACAAGUUCUUGAUAUUUUCUAGCUUAGCUUCUUUUGCAUUUUUGUAUUAUUUAGGUGUGUCUAUUGUUUUCUUUACUUGUUUGUUUGUGAAGUGAUGAAUCUCAAACAAUGAACCUUCACAACAAUGCUUAAUCGAAGGCCAAAAGCUCAAAACGAGACUAAACUGCCAUAUUCACA